AUGUCUAAUGGUAUCUUUUCUUGCGUUGCGUAUAGUUCCGGCAAAUUGUCCCUUACGACAUCAACCAACGGUCCCAACGGCUCAUCGGCUGGCGAUUCCUCUCGCAAUGCGUCCUUCUCUAAGCGCCAUGGUGGCGACACCUCAGCGCAUGGCAAAGCCAGCCCCUUCAACACUCCAGGCGGCGGCCUAGUAUCUCCCACCAGCGGUGCUUCCAGCGCUUUUGGAUUGGGCUCGGGUGCUUUCGCAUCGUUUGGCUCGGCCAAAACGCCCAAAUCCGGCGGAAAUCCCUUCGACACGGCAAUGGGGUCUGCUAUGGCCAAGAAUGCUCCCGUGAAGGAUAGCAGCAAAGCAGUCAUCGGGAAAGCACCCAGUAUGGCAUCCAUUGCCGAAAAUAAGGCCUCGUCCACGGCAGCUUCCAAAACACACGCGCUGAAAGAUGCGUGGUCCUUUUGGUACCGCCCUCCCAUCUCCAAAGCACAUGGCUUCAUCGAGUACGAGAACACCUUGCAUGGAAUUGCUACCGUGCAGACCGCCGAGGAUUUUUGGCAGAUUUAUUCUCACCUGAAGAGACCAUCCAGCCUGCCGGUCGUGUCAGACUAUCAUCUAUUCAAGAAGGAUAUUCGACCCAUCUGGGAGGACGAGGUGAAUCGAAAAGGCGGAAAGUGGGUUGUGCGGAUGAAGAAGGGCGUGGCUGACCGCUACUGGGAGGACUUGCUGCUCUCUCUUAUCGGCGAUCAGUUUGGUGAUGCUGGUGAGGAUGUUUGCGGCGCUGUGCUCAGCAUGCGCAAUGGCGAAGACAUUCUCAGUAUUUGGACGCGGACGGCUGGUGGACGCGUGCUGAAAAUUCGAGAGACCAUGAAAAACAUCCUCAACUUUCCUCCAAAUACUCGAGUGGAGUUCAAGACGCAUGAUAGCAGUAUCCAACUAAGAACUGCCAUUGACGAACAACGCCGCGAAAAGGCCAGCCAGAACCAGGGCGGUGAUAGACGACACACGCAGCGACAGAGCCACGAUUAA